AUGGCGCCUACGGUCUCUUUCAACGAUCUGCUUCAACGCUAUCAACUUGUCGUUUCUAACGAACAUACUAAAGAUAACCUUAUCAAGGAUGCGCUACUAUACAUUAAGGCACUCGAAAGCCUAGAUACGGAGAACCAAGCGCUCAAAGUGAAAUUGCACGAAACCGAACUCGAUCUACAAGCUGCGACCAGGGCUCGAAGAGAUCUCCAGAAGAACUUGGAGGAUGCUGAAUCCCAAUACCAAUGGAUCGUGAAGCAAAACGAAGAGAUUAAGAAUACCAAUCCUUACGUACUGAUAUUGAUCGACGGAGAUGGUCUCAUUUUUAAUAGCGAGUUUAUCGAUCUAGGGCUCGAGGGCGGGAAAAAGGCAGCCCAUACUUUGAACGCUGCUGUGGCAAAACUUUGCAGCCAUGAGCGUACAGGCUCAUUAGAAAUCGUUUGUCGGGUUGUUGCUAAUGUUGGUGGGUUGAGCAAAGCAAUGUACCGUAAUGGCAGCGUCGAUGAUCCAAGUCUCGUCAGAGAGUUUGCGUUAGGCUUUACCCAGGCCAGGGCCUCCUUUGACUUUAUCGAUGUUGGCUAUGGCAAGGAGAGGGCAGACUUCAAAAUCCGAGACACGGCGCGCUGGCACCUGGGAAAUGAGAAUUGCAAGCAUAUCCUGUUGGGCAUCGGGCAUGAUGCGGGUUAUGCCCCUUUUCUUGACACGAUUCUCGAAAAUGAACAGGCGCAUCAGUGCGUCUCUAUACUGAAGGGCGGGCCUUUGGCACGCGAAGUCGCAGAAAUGAACCUGAAUACUAUCGAGUUUGACGACAUCUUUCGCACGACCAGGCUUAUAAGUAAAGCCCCGUCUGAAAAGCUUAAUGGUCAGCGCACGGAGGUGAUCAAAACCCAGAGUUUGCCGACAGCCAGUGUGACAACUCAAGCUGUAUUGACUCCCGCUACCAGCACUGCAUCGAUGUCGCCUCCGGCAUCUUCAUGGGCCAAAGUUACGAAGAGCGUCACUCCACCGCCUCAGCUCACUAUGCCCUUAGCUCCUAAGCAGCAAGACAAGAACACCGUUCGCAAUAAGACCCCCGUUCAACCAGCUUGGAGCCCCGGGCCUCGUGGGCUUGACCCGGCUAUAACAGUAACCGUCCAGGCUAUGGAGAACAUCAAGCGCCGAGCUGGUAAUGACAAGCUAUGCAACAACCAUUUUCUUCGUGGCCCGUGCACCAGGAUGGACAUCUGCCCUUUCGUUCACAAUUACAAACUUUCGCCAGAGGACAUACGUGCUCUCGCAAUGCUCUCCCGCCAGAACCCAUGCACUAGCGGGCAAGAUUGUGAUGUCGAGGACUGUAUCUAUGGUCAUCAUUGCCCCAAUGUUAACAAUGGAGUGUGCACUCGACAAUAUUGCAGAUUCCCUAAGGCGGCUCAUCCGCCAAAUACCAAGUUUACCAACAAGAACAUCAAUGACAACUAG